CAGCUAUAUUCAAAAGGAGCAUCAAUGGGCCUUGCAUUACGUUCUUAGAGUAUCCUGCAUAAGAGCUACAUACUGUGAUAGCUCGUUUCAAGGACUCAGGAUUCACUUACACUAGGUCAGAAGAGACUUUCAACGAAAUGGAAAUGAGUGAUAAGAAUAAAGAGAACCGGGAGAAGAGUGAGCUUGCAGCCACUGGCGGUUCAGAACCGUUGGCCAAGUACAGACAUGAAGAGAUAAAACAAACUGGAAAAGAAUCUAAUCCGAUCUAGAUGUUUAGAUGUUUCCAUGUGAAGAAGGACAAGAACUGGGUUAGCUCAAAAGCAAAAACCCUGCAUGAUGUAAUGAUAGAAGCAGAGGAUGAAAAGGUAACCCAAGGGGAAGAACCAAACAGAUUUGCCAUCUAUCAAGAAGUGAUAGGACCACAACGCCCAAAGCAUGUUCUAGGGAUGGGCCAUGGGGUGAGCUCGGUUGAUGUCUUUGGUCCCCCAUCGAGUCAAGGUAGUCAGGGUUGCAACAAGCUGUCCUCGGUAAAUAUAUUUUUUCCAACGAAACGUUGGAAAAGA